GAUUAAUCUUGGAAUAUACAUGCAAGACAGUAUCUCAGAACUGUCAGUGUUGGUUGACCGUUCAGUUGGGGGAUCCAGUUUAGUGGAUGGUCAGAUGGAGCUUAUGCUCCACAGGAGAUUACUUCAUGAUGAUUCAAGAGGAGUUGGUGAGGUGUUGAAUGACACAGUUUGUCUUCAUGAUAAAUGUGAGGGUUUAACUGUAAGUAAACCAUUUUUCCAACCUCUAUUUAUAGUUGAGUUGAUAAUGGUGUCUAUGAACAAAUUUUCAAAUGACACAGGGAGAACUAAUAGACUCAGGUUCCAUACGGAUAUUUACAAUCAAGACGACCAAAGAAAAUAUGAUAUUUUUUAAGCUAUUAUUUUCUGUUUGAUUUAGUUGUUAUUUCUUAUAUUAGACCCAUUUUGCAAGGUCUGAUUCUAAUCUCGCUUGAGCCCUGGGUGAGCACGUUACAUUUUGGUACUAAUUAUUCUUAGCGAUUCUUUUUUAUUAAGACUCCUGU